AGAAGAAGUCAGAAAAUUGAAAACCACUGGAUCACUGAUGUUUAGUCAUCAAAAAUGGCAGACGUACCAAUCGAUUGUGAUUUCCCCGUUUGGGGAUUAUUACCGAAAAAAGAAACUGGGGUUGUGGCAUUUUUAAACAAAUAUCCUGAGUAUGAUGGCAGAGAUACCAUUAUUGCAAUUCUCGAUUCGGGAGUGGAUCCAGCCGCGGAAGGUCUGCAGGUCACAACCACUGGAGAAACGAAGGUUAUCGAGAGGUUUGACUGCAGUGGGGCCGGCGAUGUGGACACAAGCACUAUUAUCCGUAAAGUCGUGGAUAACUGCAUAACCGGUGUAACGGGCCGUAAAUUAAAGAUUCCAGAAACAUGGAACAACCCAUCAGGAGAAUGGAGGACAGGGGUCCUUUAUCCAUUCAGUAUCUAUCCCUCAAAAGUAAAGGAGAGGAUGCAAAGUUACCGAAAAGAACAUCUUUGGGAUCCAGGAUACAAAAAAGCAUUUGCCGAGGCCAGCAAACAGCUUCAGGAGUUUGAAAAUGAAAUAGCAUCAAAAGGCUCAAGCUUAAAUGCAGAAGAAAAGCUUCAAAAAGAAGAAUUGGAAGCGAGAAUUGAAGUGUUGCAGAAUGCCGAGAAGAAGUUUUCAGAUUAUGGCCCCACAUAUGAUUGUGUAUUAUAUCAUGACGGAAAAGUCUGGAGGGCUUGUAUAGAUACAUCUGAAUCUGGUGAUUUGUCAAGUGGAGUUUUAUUAGGAGAGUACAGUUUGACUCACGAGCAUAGACACCUGACGCCUGUAGAUGAGUUAACUGUUAGCAUUAAUGUACAUGACGAGGGAAACACGCUGGAAGUUGUCGGCAUGAGCUCACCUCAUGGCACACACGUAGCGGCCAUCGCUUCUGGCAAUUUUCCCGAUGAACCUGAGAAAAAUGGAGUUGCUCCCGGUGCGAAGAUCGUGUCCCUCUCCAUCGGAGACAGUCGGCUGGGAUCAAUGGAAACGGGCACGAGCUUAGUUCGAGCUUGCAUUAAGAUCAUGGAACUGUCCAAGACGAAAAAGAUAGAUGUAGUCAAUAUGAGCUAUGGUGAACACGCUCACUGGUCAAAUGCUGGUCGUGUGGGUGAGCUGAUCAACGCGGUGGUGAGCCGGUACCGCGUGUCGUGGGUGGUGUCGGGCGGCAACCACGGCCCCGCCCUCGCGACAGUCGGCGCGCCGCCCGAUAUCGCGCACCCCGUGCUUAUCGGUGUGGCGGCAUACGUGUCGCCGGAGAUGAUGGUGUCGACGUACUCGCUGCGCGGCGCGGCGCCGGGAUGCGCGUUCAGCUGGAGCUCGCGCGGCCCGUGCGCGGACGGCGCGCUCGGCAUAUCCGUGUGCGCGCCCGGCGGCGCCAUAGCGUCCGUGUCCAGGUUCACGUUGAGGAACUCUCAACUCAUGAACGGAACGUCAAUGGCCGCACCGCACGUUGCGGGCGCUGUUGCUGCCCUAGUAUCCGGUCUGAAGGCGAAGGGUCUGCAGUAUUCUCCUUUCUCCAUCAAGCGCGGGUUGGAGAACUCUGCCACAUACCUGAGUAGCGUGGAGCCCUGGGCCCAGGGCUGCGGCCUGCUUAAUAUACAGAAGGCGUUCGAUCUACUCACCACAUACCACAGUGAGCCCGAGCGGGACGUGACAUUCAGCGUGCAGUGUAUGGGAAACAAGAAAGGAAUACUACUGAUGCCGAAAAAUAAUGAAACAUACCAGGAGAUACCUAUCACUGUUGAACCGCAGUUCCUACAGGAUUCUGAUGAUGAACAAAAUGUGGGAGUGAUAGCGGCUCAGAUCAACUUCAACAUGCGCCUGGCGCUGGCGUGCGGCGCGGCGUGGGUUUGCGCGCCCGCGCACGCGGAACUGUCGCACGCGCCGCGCGCGCUCGCGCUGCGUGUUAACUUAGCUGCGUUGCCGCCGGGGCCGCACUUUGCGAGCGUGAACGCGUACGACGUGCGAUGUAUCGAGAAGGGGCCGGUGCUGCGGGUGCCCAUCACCGUGCUACAGCCGCAGCCGCUGCCCGCCACGCCGCAGCUGCACGAGACUGAUAUCACGUUCCGCCCCGCUGAUAUGCGCCGCCAUAUUGUUGUCGUGCCGGACCGUGCGACAUGGGGUACUCUCACCAUACGCUACCGCGGCGGCGAGGCGGGUGCGCGGUUCCUUGUGCACGCCAUGCAGCUCCAGCCGCGCCGUUCGUGCCGAGCGCUAGACACUAACAAGAUGCUCGCGUUAGACCGAGAUGCGCCCACGCAGAUGCAUUUCAGAUUGGUUGGAGGUUUAACAUUGGAAGUGGCAAUAACGAAGUACUGGGCGAACGCGGGCGAGGUGCAAGUCGACUAUACCAUCGACUUCAACGGCCUCCAUCCGGACUGCGACGCGCUGCACCUGAGCGCCACGUCGCUGGGCUGCGUGCACGUCACGGCGCUGCGUACGCAAGACAUGCUGCCAAGCAUCACGCUGAAGUUCAUUGACCCCGUGUACAGACCGACGGAAUCAAAACUGAGCCCACUUACAGCGCGCGACAUAAUCCCACCGAGCCGGCAAAUAUACCAGCUGAUCAACACAUACACUUUUACAAUUACAAAGGCGACAGAGGUGUCGCCGCUAGUGCCCAUGCUGUGUGAGAUGCUGUACGAGUCUGAGUACGAGUCGCAGAUGUGGAUGUUAUACAACAGCAGCAAGCAUUUACUGGCUGUCGGCGACGCUUACCCGUCAAAGUACUCGAUAAAGCUGGAGAAGGGCGAAUACACACUGCGACUGAACGUGCGACACGACGUGCGCGCACAGCUGGAGCGCCUCGCCGACUUGCCGGUGGUCGUGCAGCAGCGACUGCCGCAACCGCUCGCGCUCGACGUCUACGCCGAACAACACCUCGCCCUAACUGGCGGUAAGAAGUUCUCAUCGGUGACGCUACAGAGCGGCGCGGUGCAGCCUUUCUUCGUCGCGCCGCUACCCGCCGACAAGAUCAGCCGGCCUACAGUGGGCGUAACUUUAUCCGGGUGGGCGGGGCUAUCGCGCGACGAGGCGCUGCGGCGCGUGUGCGGGCGCGCGGUGCGGUACACGCCGUGCGAGGCGCCGCGACGCCGCAACGACCGCGAUCGCGACGAGUACGCCGACGCGUACCGAGACCUCGUUGUUAACUGGCUGCCUAAAUUAGAAGGAGAGAAGCUGGAGCAACUAUACGAAGAGGCGUGCGAACGCUGGACGGAACCCGUCGCGGCCGCCGCAAUACAUACCGCCUACCUGCAGGCGCUAGACUCGCCCACCGACCAUAAGAAACUACCUCAUGCCGACAAGGCGCCGGUCGUGACUGUGGCGUGGUGCGAGCAACUUAUCGCCAUUGCCGACAAGGUAAUAAAGGCGAUAGACCAGGAGAAGCUGCUGGCGUACAUCGGCAUGAAAAAUGAUACGCGGCCAGACGCUAACAAAAUUAAACAAGAGCAAGAAAAACAGAAGGGCUACUUGAUAGAAGCAUUAUGUCGACGCGGCACGGCGCUGUGUCGGCUGCGCGCGCUGGCAGGCGGCGGCGGCGCCAACACGAAGAUCACCGAAAACCUCAACGACUUGCUGCAGCUGGCCGAUAUUACUGACUGCAAGGUGAUACCAUACGGCAUCUGGCAUACGUUCACGGUAGGCCAGUGGGGUCGCGCCGCCAAGCUGCUUACACGAUUGCUAGAAGAAAAACCUUCGAAGGAGGCCGAGAUUAGAUUAGCUGAGGCGUACGACCAGUUAGGUUGGGAAACACUGGCUAAGGUGAUAAGGGCAGCGCUGCCCAUCAAAUACCCUGCCAGCUAUCGCAAGUUCUGAGACUUAAAUACGUAAGAAGAGGUGUCCAUACUAAAUAUGCGAAAGUCUGUCAAGUAUUCACGCUUUUAAUAGGUAUGGAGUUUGAGUCGAGGUGAAAUAUAGGAUAGUUUUUAUAGCGCAAAAUGUAUAAUACCCGCGUGAUAAAUGUUGCAUGCAACGUCUAGUUAGCAAUAACUUUGUUGUCGCGACUCUAAGGUGAAUGGAUAAUUUAAAAAGUUGAGAGUUAGCCUAUUUAGCUGACGUAUUGCUUAAAAUGCAUGCAUUUUUGUUUUAUACAAUUGACGACUUAAAGAACCUAUAAUGCUCAGGGUAAAUAACUUUUGUCCCAUAAGUUUUUUAUUUUUUUAAAUACUACUAAUUCGGCUCUUUGCAUACCGACGCCGCGGCUAACGAUCUACUGUCUCAUACGACAUACAGUAAUGCGAUAUGUUGCAUCUCGCUCUAAAGCUUUUUCGCGUCGGUGUGCAAACCGCGGAAGUCAGAAAUAAAAAAGGCAAACGCCAAGUGUUCAAUUUAAAUAAAUACCUUAGAAUAAUUAUUAUUGUACUAUAAUAUAUUAGAUAUGCCCUAAAUGAUGUAAAGAUGCACUUACAUUGACCACAAAUAUGUAUUGAAUUAAAUGUUUUUGCGAUUGCUAUGUGACAACGGCAGCAAACAUCAAUGGGAAAAUCAUAUGCAAAUACAGUAUAAAGCAAUAAGGAGCAAUUCCGAACAACUAGACAAUAUUCAUAUACUAGUAAAUCAGUCAAUAAUAAAUAAAAUACUA